AUGUUCCAAAUCCGUGAUGCAAGGUCAGUUCACGAGGAUGCCAACUUCAUCACAACAGCCUUCGACUCCUCUCUACCAUUUCUCAACAAGACUGGCAAUGCAGGCCAGUGGGGAACAACACCGUUCUCCCAAAGAGACGGCUUCUUGGGAGGUACCCGGGACGAUAUCGCACAAUCAGAAGUCUUCCGACUAAGCGGCCAAGGCCAGCGGCGACGAGUUUUCAUCGCAGAGAUUGAGGGGACACACUCUGACAAUGAUGUCGUUGACCUGCACUGCCGGAAGGAUCAUACGGGCAAAGCCUUCGUCUCAGUGGGCGCUGCGAUGAUUCUCGACGACGAAUUUGCAAGCCAUAUACGCUCUGUUGCUGUUCUGGAGCCUCAUAUAGCCGCUGCCGAAAAACAUGGUGGUUUUGUUUUUCUAGACUUUCUUGUCGCAGAUCAUCGCGUACCAUCAGCUAAGCGCAAAGGCGUUGGGUUGGCAUUAUUAGAGCGUGUCAAGACCUACGCGUAUGAACACGGGAAACAAGCCAUUUUCCUCGAUUGCUGGACCGGAGGUACGGACAAACUAGUCAAGUACUACGAAAGCGCUGGCUUCAGUCCAGUAGCAGACUUUGAGUACCGUAAAAUAAACGGGGAUGUAUGGCCUGGUAGGCUAUUUAGGCUUGAUUUGGCACCUAGACUGCCUUGA